AUGACCAAACGUACCAAGUUUCUCGCUUUAGUAACCUUCAUGGCCGGCGCUCUCUGUCUCAGCGGAUCCAUUGCCAAGGCCUACAUCUACAUCAAGGCCAGAGAGGACCGCUUUUUCUGGGAUGGAAUUACCCUGAUUACUGCGCUUUCAAUCUGGAAUCUAGCAGAGGUCCAGAUCGGCAUUGUGGCUGCCUGUGGGCCCACACUCCGGCAGCCACUGGCUCGCCUCAUGCCUUCGACCGAGGCCGUCACCAGUCUGCUGUCAAAGAUUGGUCUGCGUCGGCACUCCGAGAAGAUCAAGUCCAACCACAUUCCUAGUUUUGUACAGCCACCCCAGCAGGCCAGCACUCAGUCCCUCCAGGACAUCAGUCGAGUCGCUCUGAUAGUCACCCAGAAGAAUCAGAGCGAGUACACUGGCCAGCCACGCGCCGAGGAGCGCGCCGAGGUCAUCGCACAGGACAAGAAGGAGAUACUACGCCAGGUCAAGCUGCGCUGGCUGGGGCUCAAUGGCUGCUUCAGAGGCACAGAGCUGGACAACCCCUCUUUCGUACCGUCCAAGGGCAGACGGUGGGCCAGAGUCUUUGAUGAGGAGCACCCCAACGCCAAAGCUUGGUUAGACAAGCUGCCGGCCUUCUCGUUUGCUGUGCGGGUGCACGCUCAUGAUUUCGAGGAGGAGACAAGGCUGUUGAACGCCAAGAGGGCCCGCCUCAGGGGGGGAAAUGAGCACAGGCGCUGGGCCGACAUGCCCUUGAGUGUGGCGGCAUUCAGUUGGACGAACUGGUAG